GAGAGAGUGAAAUAUGAGUGACAAGUGAGGGAGAGAAUCUUGCUCUUCUACAGCAUUUCAGAAUGUCUUCUUCUUCAACAAAUUCAUUUUCUUCUCUUCCAAUGUUCAAUGGAGAGAAUUAUGAUUUCUGGGCUAUUAGAAUGAAAGCCUUCCUCAAAGGGAAUGAUGUAUGGGAAGUCAUCGAGCAUGGUUUCCAACUUCCUUUUCCACAGGAAAACCCAACAGUGGCACAAAUGAAGAGAAACACAAAGUAUAAUGUAGGUACAGAUAGAGCACUUUCUUUUCUGCAUAAUGCAGUGGCAAAUGAUAUUUUCCCCAAAGUUGCAUCUUGCCAGAAUGCACAAGAAGUCUGGGAAGCACUUAAAGAAGAGUAUGAGGGGAGUGCUGGAGAUAAAAGUGUGACACUGUUAGCUCUCAAACAAGAGUUCGAAAUGUUGAAGAUGAAGGAAACUAAUACAAUACAGUCUUGUGACUUGAGUAGGCUUUCCAUUAAAGCACUCACUGGAAAAUUGCAAGCUCAUGAAAAAAGACUUGCAAUGAGAUUUUACGAAAGUGUUGAAGGAGCAUUUCAUGCUAAACACAAGGGAAAGUAUUUAGUUGCAAGAAUAGAUUGGCAAAGGAUAAAUCAUCUUGAAAAAGACUAUUGGCACAAAGGAAAGCCACGGUUUUAUUGUAAGAAUUGCAAGAAACAUGGCCAUACAGAAAAAUUUUGCAAAGCUGAUCAAGUGCAGUAUAGGCCUAAACAAGUGCAGCAGGCUAAUUUCAUAGGAGAUCAGAAUGAGGAAGAUUAUAUGUUUGUGGCUAUGCACAGUUGUUUUGUGACUUCAGAGGAUUCAUGGUAUGUUGAUAGUGGUUGUACAAAUCAUAUGGUCAGAGAUGUGAAGCUGUUUACAAAGCUGGAUAGGUCUAUUCAAACAAGAGUCAGACUUGGCAAUGGUUAUGUAGUGCAAGCAGAGGGCAAGGGUAAUGUCUCAAUUCAAACUAAGGAAGUGAAGUAUACACCACAGCAAAAUGGUUCUUUUGAGAGAAAAAAUAGAACAGUGAUGGAAAUGGCUAGAAGCAUGCUUUUUGAGAAGAAUUUGCCUAAGAAGUUUUGGGCAGAGGCAGUGCAUACUGUUGUUUAUUUGCUAAAUGGUCUUCCAACUAGAGCUAUUGAAGGUAAAACUCCUAUUGAGGUUUGGAUUGGACUUAAGCCUUCAACUUAUCAUUUGAAGGUUUUUGGUUCCAUAUGUUAUAUGCAUGUUCCAGCAACUAGAAGAACCAAGUUGGAUGGGAAAGCUGAGAUGGGAAUUCUAGUUGGUUAUGCAGCAUAGUCAAAGGG